GCUUUAUCGUUGCGUGUAGUUUCAUUACGCGGGCUCUCCUCUCUCUCUCUCUGUCUGUCUCCGAUUUAGGGCUCUGAUAAGGGUAAAAGCCCAAUGCAAAAGCUUCAUGGAUCGAGUAGAAUUGGAGUCUAGGGUUUUCUGAACAUUGAAAACACACAGGAAAAAACCCUAGCUGUGCCUAUUGUUUGAGGAAACCAUGGCUCGAAGAAGAAGAAGCUAGGGUUUUGAAGCCCUGGCCAUAAGCAAAACCCUAGAGGAGCCAGUCCCUUUAGUUGCAGGUUUCAUGGCGCGUCAAGAGAACUCCUUUGCCCUUUUGGGGGAUGAUGAGGGCGAUGAUAUGAUGGCUCUUGUUGCUAAUGCAGCUGCUAAGACAGCGGCCAUUGAUAAGAAGCAGCUGGAGCAGAAUCAAUCGGCGGUUUCACCUGCUAAGUUUCCUUCGAAGCCCCUUUCUCCUGCUAAACCUGUGAAAACUGAUAGAGGAAGAGGGAGAGAUGGCUGGGGCCGCGGAAGGGGUGCUCAAUUUGGCAAUGAUGUAUCCACCAAUGGUUGGGGAGACGAUAGUAAUAAUGAUAGCAAUAACACAAAUGAUGAUGGGUUUGUGAGCAGAGGGCGAGGGCGAAUGAAUGGCUUCCAGAAGGGUCCAGGUGUUGAUUUUGAAAGGCACACAUCUGAGGAUGGUGGGCGUGGUCGGGGUCGCGGCCGUGGUCGUGGUCGCGGCCGUGGCCGUGGUCGUGGAUUUGGUGAAGAUCGGGGUUUUGGUAGUGAGGGCAGUGGUUGUGGAGGUGGUGAAAAUAAGGGUUUUGGUGACGAAAAUCAGGGUUCUGGAGGUGAAGGUUGGGUUGAUGAAAAGGGUUUUGGAAAUGGGAAUCGUUAUCCAAGGAAUGAGAAUACGUCUCAUGGGAAUGGCAAUCGGGCAUUUGGUGUUGGGGAGAGGGGAUACAGUGGGGAAAGACGGGGGUUUAGAGGGGGAGACGGUCGUCGUUAUGGUGAAGGAGGAGGUGACGGGGGCGAACAUGGCAAGGAUGAGGGAUGGAACUCCAGUGAGCAGAAGGAAGAACAGGCUGAUGUCAAAGAACAGCCUCUGAUUAGUAACUCAGAUGGUGGGGGUUGGGAUGUUCCUGAGAACACUGAAGAACCUAAGGAUGGGGAGCCUCAGCAGAUGAAGCCUGAGGAAGACGUUACAAAAGAAGCUGUUGCCAGGAAUGUGGCAAAAGAAGAGGAUAAAGAGAUGACCCUUGAAGAGUAUGAGAAGCUACGCACUGAAAAGAGGAAAGCCCUAGAAGCUCUGAAAAAUGAAGAGAGAAAAGUUACUAUCGAUAAGGAUUUCGAGCAGAUGCAACUUGUGGAAAAAAAAAAGGACGAGAGCAUCAACAAGACGAAAUCUGAAAAGGACAAGCUCAAGAAGAAGGAUAGCUUUGACAAGGAAGACAAAGUUCGUAAGUCCGUGAGUAUCAACGAGUUUUUGAAGCCAGCUGAUGGGGAGACAUUCAACACCUUUCGAGGGCGUGGGCGAGGGCGAGGGCGUGGUCGUGGGCGUGGCCGAGGUGGAGCUGAUCGUGGGGGAUACGGUGGAGGCGAUCGUGGGGGAUACGGUGGAGGCGAUCGUGGGGGAUACAGUGGAGGCGAUCGUGGGGGAUACGGUGGAGGCUCUGCGAGGUACUCAGAUGAAGUUGUUGCCCCCCGCAUUGAAGACCCUGGUGAGUUCCCAGUCUUGGGUGGCCAGUGAGAGAUUAUUUAACUUGAACCUUACAGGUUCUCUUACUGGAGUCUCGUUUUCUAUUUUUGGUGGGAUUUUGAAGGGUAUCUUCGCUAGGUUUUGUAAUGUCUUUAAGAUGUACUUGACCUGCAUUAGAAGUUCCGUUUCUUAUAUGAUUGUAGUUGCCUUUAGAGGUGGUAGCACUGAGAAGUGGUGUCAGACUCAGAUUUCUUCCCUUUUUUUGUUGAUAUUUUGGUAGUUUUCGUUUUUGUGUCCAACAGAGUUGGUGCAAGAUAUAUCCGUUGCUUGUUCUGUCUUUGUCAUUAUUUUUGGGAGUGGUUUGUAGUUUCACAUAUAUGUUAGUGUCGUACUUUGUAGAGCUGAUAUAUUUGAUAAGCGGAUGAGCUUUGAAGCUAUGGCCUGUAAU